AUGGGCAGUGGAGCCAGUUCUGAGAGCAAGGAGUCGGCCAGGAGAUCCAGGGAACUGGAAAAGAAACUGCAGGCAGAUGCAGAGAGGGAAGCCAGGACAGUCAAACUACUGCUGUUGGGUGCUGGAGAGUCAGGAAAGAGCACUGUUGUAAAGCAAAUGAAGAUCAUCCAUAAAGAUGGUUUCACCUACCAGGAACGCAUGGAGUUCAGACCUGUCAUUUACAGUAACGCAGUGCAGUCUAUCCUGUCUAUCAUGAAAGCAAUGACUAAGUUAAGAAUCAGUUAUGAAAACCCAGCUAGAAUCGUGAGAAGAUGAAAGGAAGCGUGUGCCAUGGCAACAACUCUGGAGGAUGGCGACAUGUCUUCCGAAUUGGUUGAAAUCAUCAAACAACUGUGGAGCAACGGCGGGACCCAGGCCUGCUUCGCAAGGGCAGCGGAGUACCAGCUCAAUGGCUCGGCAGCCUAUUACCUCAGCGAUUUGGAUAGGUUAGCAAUGCCGGACCACGUGCCUAGUGAGCAAGUUGUUUGGCACUCCCGAGUGAAAACAACGGGGAUUAUAGAGACUCAGUUUUCUUUCAAGGAUUUGAACUUCAGAAUGUUUGAUGUGGGUGGACAGUGAUCAGAGAGAAAAAAGUGGAUCCAUUGCUUUGAGGGAGUUACUUGCAUCAUAUUCUGUGCUGCACUCAGUGCCUAUGACAUGGUUCUGGUGGAAGAUAAAGAAGUGAACAGAAUGCAUGAAAGCCUUCAGCUGUUCAACAGCAUCUGCAACCACAAGUGCUUUGCAGCCACUUCCAUUGUGCUGUUUCUAAACAAAAAAGACCUCUUUCAAGAGAAAAUAACAAAAGUUCAUCUGAAUAGCUGCUUUCCUGAAUAUAAUGGACUAAAUACAUUUGAAGAUGCUGGAAAUUGCAUCAAGAAACAAUUUCUAGACUUGAACAUAAGGAAAGAAGAUAAAGAGAUUUAUUCUCACUUGACAUGUGCCACGGACACCCAGAAUGUCAAGUUUGUAUUUGAUGCAGUCACAGACAUAAUAAUCAAAGAAAAUCUGAAAGACUGUGGGCUUUUCUAG